AUGUCAGCUUCAAGGAGAGAAGUGCGCAUUGACGAGUGUUCGUACACUCACACCUUGCCCGGGGUGGUUCGCGACAAGGGGCUGUACUUGCAGACGGAGCUGGCGAAGGCCUUCCUGCCAGCCUACGUGUGCAGUGUGUAUGUACGGCGAGACCCCUCCUGGCCAACCGUCAACCGUACAUUCGCCCCCAUGGCCAUGGAGAUGAUUCGGUUAUCCAACGCCGGCAGUGUGCUCACUUUAUCCCUCAUACCAAACGGCAUCAUCUACACCAUGGUCCCUCUGAAGGGCUACGGCCCCGCCACGGACCCCAACUGGCGCGCGGUGGGAAAGGACUGGCUCCAAGAUGGAUUCAAUCGGGAUAAGGUGCUCCAGGCUAUGAGCACCGGCAACCUCACCAUCAUAGGGCCGUACAAUCUGACACAAGGUGGUAUCGGACUGGUGGCGAUGCUGACCAUUAACAUCGCCGGAGCCACCCGCAACGACACCUUCGACGUGCCGCCCUUCGACUACGGCAAAAUGACGCCCUGGACGAACUCCACAAAAAUACAGUACGGGCCCAACGUAACUGGCACGCCGUUUGGGGACUACUUGUACGACAACAAAACCAACUCGAAAUGGUGGGGUCUGACCACCGUGUUAAUCAGCUGGGAUAUCCUCCGAGAGGAGGUCACCCGGCUCAACGAGCUGGAGAAGCAGGGCUACCACUACGUGCUGGCGAGACCCGUGGCCAAGAAGGAGCUGGAAAAGGCUGGUCGACUAGACUUGAUAUCCCCCCGCAACGAAACACACGAGCUGGCAGUGGCGUGGAGCGACAGCGUGCAACUCGUUCCCCCCAAUGUCACCAACAACGGCGCCCCCCCCCGGGUGCCCGGGAAGGCCCGCCCCCUCAUCUACUAUGACCUACACACGCGCCUGGUGGGCCCGGUGACCCACGUCAUCCUCGUCGAGGGCGCCCAGAUGACGUUGUACGUGGCCCCACAGGCCGGUUGGACACCCGCCUGGAAGCAACCCAUGGUGGCGGUGACGUGUGUUUUGUCCGUACUGGUUGCCGUCUUGCUGUUCCUAGUGCUGGUCAACAGACGACAGCAUAUGCGGCUGCUGCAUGCCAUGAUUCCUAAGAAGGUGGUCAGCACUCUUCGUCGUGGCAGGAUCUUCACAGAAUCGUUUGAAGUGGUGACGGUGCUGUUUUCUGAUAUCGUGGCGUACACUACCAUGAGUGCCCAGAUGGCGCCCAUUGAGGUCGUACAGAUGUUGGACGAGCUGUACCAGGAAUUUGACAACUUGGCUGAGAAGCACAGACUGUACAAACUGGACACCAUUGGAGACGCCAUCAUGUUGGUGGGCGGUGCGCCCCACUGCGAGGGGGCGGCCGCCGCGGCUGCUCGGGUGGCGCAGAUGGGGCUGGACAUGAUCCGAGUGACCAGCACCAAGGUCCUUGCUGGUGGCCACGUGGUGAAGAUCCGCGUGGGCAUCCACUCGGGGCCAGCGGUGGCGGCGGUGGUGGGCAGGAAGGCGCCAAAGUACACGUUGUUCGGAGACACGGUCAACACCGCUAGCCGCAUGGAGUCCAACGGCAGCCCCAUGCGGAUCCACAUCUCGGGAGCCACUGCUGAGCUGCUGGAGCAGGCGGGGGGGUUUAACGUGGAGCCGCGGGGGGGGGGUCAUGUGCACGUACUGGGUUACCGGCACGCAGCAGUAGCAGCAGCAGCAUUCCCCGCGAUUCGAGAGGCGGGCCUCAUGUCCCCACCUCCCGUCGUGAGAUCCAGAGCGCACGGCAACGGCCCCGGGCGGCAGACUUCCAAUCUGAAUCCGCUGGUUCUAAGUCCCUCCCUGGACGGGCCGCCCGAGGCGGUGGCGGGGCAAGCCGGGCCCGGGGGAGGGGGGUGCGCCACGGGGUCCUUCCUGACGUCGGGUGGCGCGCUGGCAACCACCUCCGUCACCCCCACCACAACCACCAUCAUGAACAGCGUUUCCCGGGACUUGGCCUCCGUCCAAACCAUCCCUCCCGGGGCAGCCAGUGGCAGCAUCGAGACCCCCCGGGAGGCCGUACAGGCCGCCGUACAGCCGCAUACACAUACACGCACGCAGCCUGGGGCCGCAGGGGGUCCAGGGCCCGCAUCGUCCGCGGGGCGCUCCGGAACCUCGCCUCCGCCCCCUCCUCCAUCCCAAGCCCCACUACCCUCACCAUCACUGCUACCGGCAGCAGCAGUGGAGGCGGAGGAGCCGUCCUUGCUGCCCCUGCCGCCCCACCCCGCGGACGCCUCUUGA